CGAGCGGCCGGCGAGGGAGGAAGUGGGGGGUGGGGACCCCGAGAGGGGCCGGGGGUGCUUCCGGGCCUCGCUUUCCCGCUCGCGACUCGCUGUCGGGGAGCGGGGCUUGAGGAGGCGACAGGGGUCGGGCUCCGAGCCGCCCGCAGGUUGUCCCCCCAGGAAGAAAGUGGGGGACCCCGACUGGCAGCGGAGCCAGCAGGUGGGGCAGGUUCUCCAGGGUCCAGGAUGUCUUCCCUGAGGACCACCCGGCGUCCAGGGCCCCGUGUCUGGGCCGAGCCCCCGGCCGGCGCCUUGAACGCCAGACGCCUGAGAACUGACCGGAGUCUGAGCCCCAGCCGCUUUCUGACCCGCAGCCUGGCCCCGGGUGCGAGGCGGGCGCCCGCGGAAGGGCCGGGGGCCACGGCCUCCAGGCUCCGGACCGACGCCGCCCUCUCCCGCCUGGCCCGGAUUCAGAGCCGGAUCCUGAGCCGCCGGGGGGCGCACGGAGGGACCCCGGACUCCGCCCCGGACCCCCAGAGCCCCCCCGGGAGCCCGGCAGCCGCCGGCGACAGCAGGAGGUUCCUGAAGCGGCGUCCCCCGGCCGAGCAGGACGGCCCACCAGCGGCACAGCUGGGACUGACGGGGCCCCCCGACAGCGACGAGGAGGACGCGAGGGGGAUGCCGGGGAGCCCGGCAGAACCUUCUGGAAGCAGUGAGACCCCCGGGCCCCAGGCCAGCCCCGGCCACCAGGACCGGGCCGCCCCGCCCCCCCGGCCCCCCAGCCGGCCGAGCUCCCCCCAGACCCCGGGCCCCUGCACGGAGUCCCCCUCCUUCUGCAGCGCCGUGUGGGAGCCCCGGAGCGGCGGGUCCCCAUCCGCAGCCUCUGAUGACAGCCUCCAGGACUUCCGGCCCCGCGUCCUCACCAUGGAGGAUCUGGACGCCCCGUCCCCCGGUCCGGCCGGGGCCUGGGGGCCGCAGGAAAGCCCCCCGCCCCGCGACCCCGCCCCAUCCCCACGGCCUCCGCGACCCCGCUCAGCGCCCCAGGAGGCCGGCGCCCCGGCAGAGACGCCCCCCGAGGGCCCCCCGACAGCCAGCGAGGUGUCCGAGCGCCUCAGCCCGCCACCCGGCUCCCGCUCGAGCUCCCGGGGCUCGGAGGCCACGUCCAGUUGGGGGGCGCCCUCCAGCCCGAGCCCCCCCAGCCCCAGCUCCUCGUCCGGGAGGCGGCGGGCCCCCCGCGUCCGCCUGAGGGACUCGGCCGUGCAGACCCUCGGGCCCUCCCCGGCCCCCCCAUGGACGCAGGAGCCCCCCUGCCCGGCCCUGGGUGCCGCCUACGUGGACCCCGUGCCUGUGGCCGGACAGCUGCUGAGCGCCGACGCCUUGGAGGCCCUGAGCGCCCGCAGCCCGGCGGCGCUGGCCCUGCACGAGCUCCUGCGGCAGCAGCUGAACCUGACCCGCGGCUUCGUGGACGCCAGCCGCCGGCUGCACGCCGCCCUGCUGCGGGGCCUGGACGCCGAGGACUGGUGCUACCACAGCCUGGAGGAGGCGCGGGAGUUCAUCCGCCAGCACCGGCCGGGACGGCCGGGCGAGCGGCGUGGAGGCGGUGCCGGCUGAGCUGACUUCGGGUGGGACAGAAAGGGCUUUAUUGGAGCGGAGCGGACUGACGGGACGGACGGGACACGCCGAGAGGCGGGAGGCGGCAGCGGGGCUCCUGGCGGGGAAUCGACCACCCCCGCGGAGAAGUGCCGGGAC